AUGGCGCCUAGCACCAAAGAGUAUAGCUCUCUUCUGAAUGAGGAUGAAUUGUCUCAAUAUCACGAUCACGCAGACCAAGUCCAACACAAAAGGACCUUGAGUAGGAUCAACAAAUAUACUCUGACACUCGUGAUCUAUACGAUUAUUGUAACUGGAAUCAUUAUUUUUGAACAUAUUGAACGAGCAAAGCAUGAUUUUACUCCGUAUUCACCUGCGUCUCAUUUAGUUCAGUACGUGAUAAAGAAUGCCAACCCAGAUCUACACUCGGUCUACACAGAGCAUCCGUCAGAUGCGGUUGAUGCUGCUUGGGACAGACUUAUAAAGCCUGUAUAUAUUGUUGCAGAAAAGGACGAGGUUAAGAUGUCUAAGGAGAAUCCAGACGACACGAUGCGCUUCAUGGACUUUGAGGGGUACCUAGGUGCAUUAGGCGUGUACCACAAUCUCCACUGCUUGCGGAGGAUGUAUUGGCACUUCCAUGAGGAGAGAUACUUUCCGAAUCGCACCAUUGAAGAGAGACAGGAGGCAAUCGGCCAUGCAUUGCAUUGUUUAGGUGUCAUCAUCGAAGAUAUGAAAUGCUCACCAAACCUCGCGCUAUAUACAUUUGGUAUGAGCCCCGACGCGCCGGAGAACAUCAACUAUAAGUCAAAAUCUCAACGAAAAUGCGUGGACUGGGACCCUAUUCAUGAGUGGGCGACCUCUAGAAGCCCGGGGUACUAUCCUAGCAUGAAGGCACCAGUAAAUAUGCUUAACAAGGGGCGCAGUACAAGUCACAUUCUCAACGAAUAGUAUGGAGGAAACUCUAGAAGUUAUGUUGACUGGAAGGAAAGAGCCUCAAGCUUGAAAUUCCAUGGUUUUGUCAGAUAAAAGCAAGUGCUGCAGGUGAGGUCCGAAUAAUCAAGCGGGUACCUGGCACGUGACGCCCUUAAAUAUUAAAUAGCUCCAUUGCGUC